AUGUCAGUGGCCUUGCAGUUUGGUGCUCUGCAGAAACAAAUGGCAAAAGUGGCAGCAGCCUGGUGCGUGCACUUACAGCAGAGACUCCAGGCAGAAAACUAUUCACUAGAGUUAUUACUGAACACCAAUGGCCUCUUCCCAAACAAAAAGAAAGCUUCCAAUGGUUUCUGCACCUGCGAGGAGUUUCCUAGCAACAUCACUGAGGAAACUGCCUCAGCUAAUAGGAAAAAUGAAACACUAUUCCAUUCAAACAAUUUUCCCCCCUCCCCUUCUUUCUGGACUUCAGGUGCUGUGACCCCUGUUCUCAUGAAUCCUCUCUCGCAGCCACACUCCGUGUCUCUGUCAGAAGGAAUAUGCCGUACCAUAUCAGACAUGAAUGCACAUCGUGUGAUGGUCACACAGGAAACUUUAAUGGAGCAAUUAGUGAAAAAUUAUCCAGGCAUUGUCGUUCCCUCCUACGGUAUCUUACAUAAUAUCCUUGGCACUCUAAUUAAAGAAAGGAAAAUCUAUCAUACAGGAGAAGGAUAUUUCAUUGUCACUCCCAACACAUACUUUAACACAAAUGACGCCACAGUUUUUGUCCCCCCUUCCUUCUGGACUUCAGGUGCUGUGACCCCUGUUCUCAUGAAUCCUCUCUCGCAGCCACACUCCGUGUCUCUGUCAGAAGGAAUAUGCCGUACCAUAUCAGACAUGAAUGCACAUCGUGUGAUGGUCACACAGGAAACUUUAAUGGAGCAAUUAGUGAAAAAUUAUCCAGGCAUUGUCGUUCCCUCCUACGGUAUCUUACAUAAUAUCCUUGGCACUCUAAUUAAAGAAAGGAAAAUCUAUCAUACAGGAGAAGGAUAUUUCAUUGUCACUCCCAACACAUACUUUAACACAAAUGACGCCACAGAAGACAACAGAAUGGUCCCGCUGGAGGGCAGUUGUUGCUGUUCAUCUCCUUCCAUCACUUACCUGGUAAACAUUGAGUGCUGUGCAGGCCUAGUGAAAGAAAACACACCAAGGGUAUCCCAUUACAGACCCUGCCGUUGUUUCCCUGACCAGCAUAUGCUCUGUGAUCAAAGCCAUGGGCGGCUAAUGGACCAUGAACCUAAUGGAAGAGGUAAGGAAGGCUGCAGUGAAUUGAAGCCUUCAAUUCGAACUCAAGGGAUCUCCACAUCUGCCGAAAACCAUUCCUGGGACACCACCAAAUCCCUGACAUCUGCAAAAGGGAAACUGAAAAGUAAAAGGUUUGGCCUUGGCCUUUUCUGGAGAAGUGCUUCUAAAAAAGAAAAACCUAAGAAGGAGUACUCCACUUUUUCAGCCCAGUUUCCUCCUAAGGAGUGGCCUGUCAGGGAUGAAGAUGACUUAGAUAAUAUUCCACGUGAUGUUGAACAUGAAAUCAUCAAGCGUAUUAACCCAACUCUUACAGUUGAUAAUUUGAUUAAACACACGCUAUUAAUGCAAAAGUUUGAAGAGCAAAAGAAAUAUAUCAGUAAGGGCACCUCGGCUGAAGUGUCAACAGUCAGGCAAAACCAUCUUUCAAAGGACUGUGUUCAAAAGACACAAAGUAAAACAGCAAAACACUCCAGGAAAACCAAAUCAAACAAAGAGAAGCAGAUCAGCAGAAGUAACAGGAAAUCUCACGUACAUGAACUAAUAUCCCAAAACGCAAAACUGGAAGAGAAUCCUUCACUACCUACCAGAAACCAACAGCCAUCUGAUGUAGCAGCGGGAUCCCAUGUCAUAUAUAAAAAACAAAUUAAGAACCCUUUUCAGGGUCUGUCAUGGAGACGCAACUUUUAUGUGAAAGGGUACAAAGGUACUAUCAACAGUCAGCUGAAGUCCAGGACUCAAAAACAAGAAAGGGCUUUACAAAGGCCACAGUCCUUGGACUCAUCAAAAACCUGUGAACAUGGAACUGAACAGCUGGCUGCUGAAACGCAGGCUGGCAAAGCUAAGCAAAACAAACUCCUCCAUGCUAAUAGGUCUUCUCUCCAACUAAAGAAAGGUAGUUUAAGUGAAAACUUUAGUUAUCCACAUGGCAGUACGUUGCAAAUAGAUAAUAAAUACAAAUACUUUCUGGAGAGUAGUAUUUCUGAAGAAAACAUCUACAGAAGACCAAUCAAAAAAAAUCCUGGGGAUAUUCAAAAAUCCCCUCUCUCCCACACUGGAGAGAAUGGUGUGUGCAAAGAAGAUGCAAAAUUUUCAUUACAUAUGAAAGAUGAGUAUCACAGGUGUAAAGCUGACACUGUAUGUGAGUUAUUAGAUCAAACAGCAAAUGAAUUUCAAAAUGUCCAUCUUUCAAAUUAUACAGCCAACGUUAAUCUAGUAACAAAAAUUGGUGUGAAAUACAGACCAAAGACUGAUAAAAAGAGUGAAGUUAUAUUUAAAUAUGACUGUGCCAGCCAUCCUGGAUCAAUGAAGCUGGAAAGUGAAGGAUUUACUGAGAACUGCCAUCUUCUGUACCAAAAAACCCAUGAUGGUGACACCUGUAGCUCACUACAUCUUGAUGACAGUUUUGAAGAUAGUGAACCACCUCACCUGCAUCCUGGCCAUGCUUUUUCAGAGACAAGAGACCAGAGUAAAGCUGUGCAGGAGCUGGAGAAGCCUAUGCCCCUAAAAAACUGUAAGGUUAAUACUUAUUCUUCCCCAUACAACACAACUCUAAAUAAACCUGACUCUUCAGAGUGUGGAUAUAAGGAAAGUGCUAGUUUUGCAGAAUCAACAGAUGGCUCAAAAGAGCAUCAAAAAACAGAUUUCACAGAAGCAAGAUGUUUGUGCAGUCAGGUUAUUCUGAUAGGUUGUAGAAAGGAAGAAGAAACUGGCCUUACUGAAUGUGUGAAGGCUUCAGCUGUAGCAGGUUUCUGCCACGCUAAUGAGGCUGACUCAGAUGCUGACACUUUGCAGAACUUCACCUGUGAGACGGGUGAAAUACUGGGAUGCUGUGCUUCAGGCUCACAGAACAAAUCAAAGAGAAACCCUCUGGGUAAAAAAGAUCUGGUUUUUAACAACACAUGUACUGUAGUAUUGGAAGGGACAGAAAACCGCAGCAUUACAGGAGACAGUGGAAUCGACUCCCCAAGGUGGACUGAAAAGAAGAUGAAGCUUCCUGCCAAAUUCUGAAAGCACAAAUACUAAUGCAAAGAGGAAGACAAAGUGGAAUGACAAUUACAACAAAAUUCCUUGCUUCAGCUAACUCUGGUCAUGAAUAUGAUUGUUUUUUUUUAAAUGAGCUUUGUAAACUUCCCUUUGUAACAACAUAACCAUACUGUAAAUGCGAU